AUGGCUCCCUCCGCCACUGAGUCACAGAAUGCCCCUGCUUUCCCCGAGAAACAGGCCGGCCAGCCCCUCGACGCCUCCAAACUGACAUAUACUUAUACUGCCAAUCCUCGCGAUGUUCCUGAUGAAGCAACAGCCAAUUCUGGGGACGAAACCAUCUGUACUGACCACAUGGUCGUCGCAACCUGGAAAGUCUCCACAGGCUGGUCAGCCCCGGAAUUAAAACCCUACGGUCCAUUGAAUCUCAUGCCCACAGCCUCCUGCUUACACUAUGCUACGGAGUGCUUCGAGGGACUCAAGGUAUACCGUGGCUACGACGGUAAGCUCCGAGUCUUCCGCCCAGAUCGCAACGCCGCCCGCUUGAAUAUGUCUGCUAGUCGUAUCUCCCUGCCAAAAGCCAAUCCCGACGAGAUAACAAAGCUCAUCCACGCCCUCCUCGAGGUCGACGGCGCUAAAUGGCUCCCUAAGGAGAGAGCCGGAAGCUUUUUGUAUCUGAGACCGACACUCAUCGGCACUCAGCCAACUAUCGGUCUCGUGAAGUCCAAGCAGGCGAUCCUGUACAUCAUCUUGAGCUACAUGCCUCGACAAGACACACCAUCCGGUGGAAUGAGACUUCUGACUUCACCAGAGGACAUGGUGCGUUCUUGGGUAGGUGGAUUCGGCUACGCCAAGGUUGGUGCGAAUUAUGGACCGUCAGUACUCGCUACACAAGACGCUAUGCAACGUGGCUUUCACCAAAUCCUCUGGCUAUAUGGAGACCAGGGCGAGUGCACAGAGGCGGGUGGUAGUAAUUUCUUUGUGAUCUGGCGCCGCAAGGAUGGCAAGAAGGAGAUCAUCACUGCGCCGUUAGAUGACCGUCUCAUUCUGGAUGGCGUUACCCGUCGCAGCUGUUUGGAUCUAGCAAAGGAAAGACUAAGUGACGAGUUUGAAGUGACUGAGCGCAAGUACACCAUCAGUGAACUAAUCGAGGCCGAGACGGAAGGUCGACUGCUAGAGUCGUUUGCUGCGGGUACAGCGUGGUUCAUUACCCCUGUCUCGGCGAUUCAGCACCGAGAGCAUGCUAUCGCUAUCCCUACGGGACCCGAUGGCGGACCCGGUGAGGUUACUGGUAAGAUCAAGGGCUGGCUGAGCGACAUCAUGUAUGGGCGGACCGAGCAUGAAUGGGGUAUCGUGGUGUCUGAGAGGUAA